AUGCCCUCCUCCACUGAUGUUGAAUCCAACGAAAACCAUCCUCUCCUGAGGGAUGGCAAGAAGCAACAUGUGAAUGAUGAAAACAAGAAAGAUCGAAGAAUUUUCACCGUUUUCCUCAUUGUGCUGGUUUUCAUUGGAGGCCUUAUCUGCAUCAGUAUUGGCUGGAAACAGCAUAACUCAAGGUCCAAUAAUACAGAAUCCCCAUGGAUCUAUCAUACAAGAGGCAAAAGCUCACAAAAAGAUGAAUAUCCUUGGUGGGAAACAUCCAAUCAUGUGGAUACAACCUACACCAAACUGCAAGGAAGUCUUCCCGCUCCAAUUAUUAGUGCUAAAGACUCAAAACGCACAAAUAAUCUUCGCUGGGGCAUCGUGGGACUCGGGAGAAUUGCCAGAGACUUUACCACAGCCUUAACCAUGGCAGGAGCCAACAUUACUGCCGUAGCGGCUGGAUCCUUGCCCAACGCAACAGCACGAGCCAGACACUUUGCCAACCUAUACAACAAUAUUCCACACAGUUAUGGAAGUUAUCAAGAAUUGGCGGCAGAUCCCAAUGUGGAUAUUGUCUAUGUCGCUACAAUCAACUCGCUCCAUUAUAGCACUGCCAUGAUGAUGUUGCAGGCGGGCAAAAAUGUCCUACUAGAGAAACCAAUGACCAUGGAAUACACGCAAGCCCAGGCUCUGGUCAAGGCUGCCGAAAAGGCCAACAGACUCCUGGUGACCAACUAUUGGACAAGAUUCUUUCCUGUCGUCAAAUACGUUCGUUCUAUACUGGCCAGUGGUCGUCUGGGUGACAUUAGCGCCAUGAGAGGAGAUUUUGGUUUUCCAACACCGCCCAUUGCCAAUGAUCGAUAUCUCAAUAGGGACAGUGGAGGGGGUGCCAUGCUGGAUGUCGGAUGCUACCUCGUCAACCUGGCCCUUUUGGUAAAUCCAGUGCUUCCCCAACAAAUUCAGGCAAGUGCCCAGACAACCUACAUGGACCACCAAUAUCGAAUCGAUACCGAGAUGGGGUUCCUCCUGAAUUGGGACUCUGCAAAGAAAACACCGUCCAUGAUGGCAGUCGAAAACAACAAUAAGAAUGAAACCAAAACAACACCCAUGAUAUUUUCCGGACAAGCCAGUUUUCGCAGACCGUCCUCGUUCGAAUUUGAAAUCAAUGCCCAACAUGGUAGAUUGGUGAUUCACAAUCCCGCCAAUGCUGCCACCGCCGCCACGGUGUACGAAUACCAAACCUUUGGCCCGUUGAAACACGUCGAAGAAAUCCGAUCCGAAUUGCCUCCGUUCGAUGUCAGCUUUGGACCCGAACAGUAUCCUCGAGGAGAAGGCUUUGUGUACAUCAUUCGGGAGAUUGAACAGUGCAUGUUCGAAAAGGGCAUUCCAGGUGACGCCAAACCUGGCUGCCUGGAAUUGGAAGAGCUUACCCUGCAGGAUCAAUUGCUGACAGUCAAUGUCACUGACACUGUCCUGCGCAGUGCUGGGUAUUGGGAUUGGUGA